AUGCUGGAGGGUUGUCAGAACAAGGUAUAUGAUCGUAUCCCAAACUCCCAUACCACAGAUCUGUGUGGGUUGGCCCGCUUUGCUUCUUGUCUUGGAUCUGUUUCUGUCACUUUGAUUUCUGAUUUUUGCAUCUCAGCAGGGGCCAGUCAGGUGGAAGCAGCGCUGGAGAAAAUUAGAUCCCACAUCAGCAACCCGAAGAAAUUUAAGAAGGCAUCCCCUCUUCUGAGGCAGCUGCUGAGCCAGGGAGCCAUUUCCAAAGCCCACAGCAACCUGCUAUUUGAGGCCUUGAAGGGAGCGAUGAGGCAUCCAGCGCUGGCAGUGGACCCCACAUUGACGAAUGAGUUCCAGAAGCUCUUCACUGUCGCCAGCAAACACGCAGAGCUGUUCACAAUGCGCCAGAAGGGGCAGCUGGACGUGUAUGGGCUGUGGGGGGUGCUGCGCGGUCAGUUGCUGACGGAUGACUCAUUUGUGUACAACCGCGUGCUUAGCCGGCUGAAGGACAGCAUCCAGCAUCUGCCGGAGGCCACAGAGGAGGACGAUGAAGCCCUCCUGCGCCCACAUGAUGCUGGUGACUCAGGACUAAAGACCUGCCGGCAGGCGGCGACGGCGCCACCGGCGGAGGACGCGGAGGCGGACCCGUUUGGGCUGGAGGAGAUGAUUCAGAAGGCGGAGGCGCCGAGGAGGGAACGUGCGACGGCGUGGAGUUCGCGGGAGUCGCUGGCGAUGAAGCGCGAGGCGCUGCUAGACUGCCUGGACACCGCGCGCUCGCGCUAUGGCCUCGCCUGGGCUCGCACCUCCACAGACAUUGCUAUCCAGGCACGGGCCCCUUGUUUCGGCGACCUGCACAACAACCGUGCCAAGUUCUGCAAGUCGCAGCAGCCGCGCAUCGACAGCCUCUGGCGCUUUGUGCAAGACCAGCGCAUCAAGAGGAAACAGGCAUACACCGCCGCCUGUGCAUUGCCUCUUCUGCACUGCAGGCCGGACACGACGUCGUUUGAGGCGGCCAGGGCGGAGUGGGGCAAGGCGACGCUGUCUGUGCGCGGUGGGGUGGGAUCGACCGGAGACCACCGUUCAGAAGUGUGGCUCGGAUGA